AGUGUGGAACUAUCAUUAGCUAGGUAGUUAAUAUUUAUUAGGGUUUUAUGUAAAUUCGUUAAAUUCCAUACGUACUGCAUUAUUUUCCCACCUAUCUUUAGCCUUUAAAAAUCUGACAUGAAAAAUUAGUAAAUAUCCUGAUUGCGGAGCAAAUUAUGGUAAACUGAAAAGUGACCUCUACCACGUGCUGCACUACGGUAGUGCACUUUCAGUUUGCUUCCAAACAAUCAUGUUUCGAGAGUCACCGAUCCCCGCAGAGAAGCACGGCACAGCUUAAGUGGCGAUGUUGUGGAGGGUUGGGGCGUGGUUGGUGGGUGGGGGCGGAGGCGCGCUGCUGGUGGCUGGCGCCACGCAGGCCGCUGUGGGUGCCUACUGCCUCGCCACGACGCCUCUCUUCAGGACCGCCUCCAACAUCUGGACCGGAUGUCUUGGGAUGCUGGCCGCGCUUCUGCUGCUCUAUUGCUCGUGGCAGCGACAGACCAACAGGAAAGCUCGACUCAUUCUUACAGUCGCCCUUAUAGUCCUCACGGUCAAUGUCAUCAACAUGGUCAUUGUGCAGGUCGCUGAGACGGGUUUCUUUCUAUCAGAAGAAGACAGAGUCUACAUCGUAGCCAUGGCACUGGAGCCGCAGCUCAAACUGGCUGUGUGGCUGAGCACGGGAGCCACAUGUGUGGCGUUGGUGGCAAGCUUCAUUGUAGCUCAAGUUGUGUUUUGUUUGAGCAUCAGAAGUCCUGUUCACCUAAAGGGCCAUUUUUCACUCGCAUCCCGGUACAACAUAAGCUCCUUCAACUCGGCUCCUAAGGAUAACUUCUCUGAAGAACUUUCUCAGUCGCGCGAAGACGAUGAAACCGUCCCUAGAAAUCGACAGGUAGUUCUGCCGAGGCUAGGACUUGACGGAAAAUCGAGGUUCUUUCCACCAAGUCGCCUACGAGCUACUCAAGACUACAACUCUUCGUCAAUGCUUUCGCCUGACUUCGACACCUUGACUACCCUCGAGAACAGCCUACCCAGCACCUUGAAUCCCAAGCAGCCUGCGGCAUGGGUGUUUUCUACUGAUGAUGAUUCGUCCCUCUAUCCCAUGGGCUUAGAGCAUCCGUUCCCCGGUCGAAAGCCUCCAGUUCGACAUUCUUCCUUCGCAAUGCCUCGUUAUGCGAAAGUUCACCAACGACCCAAACGAUCUCAGAGUUUUGCACAGCAAAGAGACUUGAAUAUUGAAAACAUUUUAAAUGGUAACUACAGAAAAUCUUAUCCCGUUGCCAUGCCUGCGCUUCCCAGGCCUAAGCUCAUCAUUCCAUCCAUCGGCCAGUAUUCCAAACCAUCAAAACCAGUUGCAAGAUCAAACUCAUUGCAAACAACUAAAUCAGAAAUGACGAGAAACGAGUUCACAUUGAGUCAUAAGUUCCAAGGAUGUUCACUUGAUGAACUGGAUAGCUCUUCGGUGCUGGAAGUCGGCAGUCUUGCAAGCGGCAAGUCUUCCGAGCCCAGUCUUGUGGAUGCCCUCGUUGAUCUGCCUAGUAAAUGCGUCCAUGCCUGUCAGCAGUUGUCAAGGCCUGUGUCACGUGACAAUAACGAGUCGAGCGAAGCUGAAAGUCGCGUCAAAAUGUACAGUGUGUAUAGCUUUUCGUCUCCUACACUAAAUUCGAUGGAGACUUUGGAGAAGAUGUCUAUAUCAUCCUCGUCCUCAGAUUCUCCAAAAGCCAACAUUCCGGAGCCUGAUUACGCUAAACCUCGAUCCUUGUAUUACAAUCAAAGUCUGAUUAAUUACACAAUUCAUUCUCCGAGGUUUGAAUAUCAAGUGAGUGACCGAAGCGAAUAUUCAUCUGCUAACAAUUCAUUUGUUCCUAACGUGGGACAGGGUAUCAGUACACAAGAAUCCCGUUCCUUCUUGCCUCGACUGACGUCAGUUAGAACAGAAUCCAACGGUAACUCAGCCAUUGGAGUUAAUGCGGAAAACUUUUACGCAAUGAACGAUAAAAAUUACAAAUAUCACGAAGAACCGAACGAGCUUGAAGCAAAUACUUAUGCAAGCCCAAGACAAGAAAUAACUGACAACUACAAUGGUUUCAAAUACCAUAAAGAAAAAUCUACUCCCAAGUUCACGACCCCUAGUAGAUACCAUGAUAUUCGAGUAACACAUUUCGAUUCCACUCCUUUACCGGUGAUAGAAGAAAAUGACAAAUUAUCUACCGAUGAGAGUUCUUCUCAAACAGACCCGAAAGAUAACUACGAGCCUGCGAGACCUGGAGUCGUGACACCUGUACCCCUUAUCAAACCCUCUGUUCCAACGACACCCAAACCAAAGACCAUUACCAUCACAAAAAAUGGGAUAACGAAACCUCCAAGAUAUUCCGUUUUACAGAAGAAAAUAAUGAAUCAAAAAUUGAACAAGAAUGAAGAGCCUGAAACUGAGAGUAAAGUGUUAAAUACAGCAAGAACUUACGGGAAAAACUAUUCAACGGACGGUAGAUCAUUCAAUUCUUCUGGAACAAAUUAUGAUCGAGAAUUGCAAGAUACAAACAAGAGGUCCAGAAGCCAUUAUGAAGUGGCUCACCAGGAGGCUAUUGGUGAGUCUGACCAGUUACUGGGAAGAAUUCCAAGCGGAGAAAUCAGGAGAAAUAAAAUAGUUCUACGAGUCCCAUCUUUUAGGACCGCUGGAUGCCAAACUGAAACUUACAAACCCAUUCGCAGACGAGCUUCGUGUGCCCAAACGAAUUUAAGCGUGGCUCCGAAGAACAAAAGUUAUGCUUCUUCCGGGUACAUGACUAUCGGUGUUGGCGCGGGCCGUCUCGUUAACUCCGCCAAUCGCUCUGCAUCGCAGCCUCAGCUAAGCUCAUCAUCGUCUUCGGGAUAUUCAUCCCCUGAAGUGAGCAGCAAGGAACCGUCACCUCACCACUCUGGUCCCCCAUCACCAUCGGAAAAAACAUCUCUCAAAACCGAGAAACCAAGACGAAGCAAAUCUAACGUAACUGUUAUUGAAAUUAACAAGUCUGAGAAUACUACUCUAAUAUCAACUGUGGCCGCUGCUCCUCCUAGACCUCCGAAACCCGUUCGCUUACGUCAUUCUGCUGCUGCCGAUUUUUCCUGCCAGAAUUUUAUCUUACCAAUGCAAAAAAGAGAGACAUACAGGACUCCUGUAAACGAGAUGUUCGGAUUUUCAGCAUUUUCUGAUAAUAUUUUCUCUCUCACUGAAGCCGUGAACCCCAUUAUAAUACAACCUCCUCGGCAUCUCCGGACUUUGAACUCCAGACCUCAAGCAUUAAACCGGUCUAGCAGCGUCGGAGUGGGCACUCCUAGGAUUAUAGACGUUCAUCCCAAACGCUUGGCAGAUAACGAUGAACCUGUAAGUCGAGCUGAGGUUUUCGCUGAAGAAGGACGCACUUCGGUCUUGCCAAGAGACAGGGGUCUGCUGGCUGGACAAUUUAACCAACGCCUUCGCAGCAGAUCCCCAUCCGAGAGCUCCUCUGAAGGCCCCAGUAGCAAUCGAUGGACUGACGACCUGGACUGGGAGAUUGGCACCCGCUGGAGGGAAGAGCGGGAGAAGGAACUUGUCAGCAAAUGGUCUAACGACACUGGCGGCCGUGCGACGGCUGCGUAUCUUGCCUCUCUGGAACUUCUUGCUUCACAUUAUAGGCACCAAGCGCUGUUAAACGCUAAGCAACUUCAAAAACAAAAAGAGCUGUUGGCAAGACAGCAGCGCCAACAACAACAACAAGAUGAAGAGAGCAAUGAGAGUAAGUCAUCCAUGUCGGAGGAGGUAUGCUCAUCUCCCCGAGAAGGGGCGCCGUGGCGAGCCACAAUCGAGCAGUUGAGGGGAAGUUCUUUAUCAGAUUCGAGGACGACCUGGCGAUCCUAGCAAGCAUAACUCAACAGGUUUGUAUUUUAAUGGACGCCAGGGUUUUUAUAACACAACUGCAUAGACUAUUUUGCAUUCUUCCCGUUUUGUGAAAAGAUUUUCAACUUGCGUUGUUGCAGUAAAUACAUUAGAUAUUUCACAAAUAAACAGUAGAUAUACAGUAGAUAAAAUGAUUCAGCCUAAUAUCUGAAAACCAAGAUUCUUCCAUGACAUGCUUUUAUUAUGCAUGAAAUGCUAUUUUAUUAUGAAAAUUAUUCCAAACGGUGGGUUUUUAUCUGCUCCAUUUUGCUCAAUGUAAGAAAAGAUCAAAAUACAAUUAUAUUGUCUUUUUAUACAUGUUGAAUAUCUGGUUGUUUCUGGUAAAGUGAUGUAAAUAAAUAGUUGUCUCUUGAAAAGGCCUUCUGAGUUGACGAGUUGGCCGGGUUCAGCUUUUCUACCUACAUAGUUUCGUAUAUUUUUUCUAUCUAGUGAUAAUGAAUAUUGAUAGAUUCAAUUUUGAUCAGAGACAUUUAUAUUGCUGAAUAUUGGAUAGGAUAUUACUAUAGAAAUUCAUAGAAGAGUUAUCAAAAAAGUUUAUAUUCUCGUCUCGGGGAUUCAACAUCACCCAAGUCUGUCAAAACUUGUCAACCGUUGAGCUUCUCACGCCCUGUACGUAGCCUGGAUUUUGUAUAGUCUUGUACCUGAAUGUUUCAAACUUCAUUCCAAAGACAAUGUUAAUUAACACUGAGUGCAACUGAGGGUUGUAUUUCAGCUAUAGCUUCUCGCCGAGGUUUGUACCUACUACCAAAGAGACAAAUUUAAAUUAACUGUGCCUGCAAAUUUUGUGUUGAAGGAGAUGGUCUCCAUGGAAUAGGAACUUUUAUGAUGCCUUUAAGUUCGAUAUGAAAUAGUUUUUAUACCCUUGCAUGUUUUUAUUUAGGUUUAAAUGUUCAAGAGAUGUUUUUAGAAGCGUUUUUUAAAUGUUGCUCGAGAGCAUCCAAUGAACUCAGUUACAUGAAGCAGAAUUUUAUAAAAAAAAAGAAUAGCACACGUUAAUUUCCGCAAUAUUGCCUUUCAAAUAUAUAAUCACGUUGUAAAUUAUUUGUGUAUGUUCUAAAGAAAUCUUAGACUGUG